AUGGUGCCAGCUCCUCCACUAACUUCCAUAGUGACAGCUCCUCCACCCAUUUCAAUUGUUCCAGCUCCUCCGCCCACUCCCACGGAGCAGCUCCUCCGCCCACUCCCACGGAGCAGCUCCUCCGCCCACUCCCACGGAGCAGCUCCUCCGCCCACUCCCACGGAGCAGCUCCUCCGCCCACUCCCACGGAGCAGCUCCUCCGCCCACUCCCACGGAGCAGCUCCUCCGCCCACUCCCACGGAGCAGCUCCUCCGCCCACUCCCACGGAGCAGCUCCUCCGCCCACUCCCACGGAGCAGCUCCUCCGCCCACUUCCACGGGCCAGCUCCUCCGCCCACUCCAUUAA